GAAGGGGGCUCCGAUUAAUCCUGCAGCCGUGGAUACUUCGUCGCUGAGUAGAGUGAAGCCUCAGUCCCGAUGGGGACUGAUGGCAGAGGGCGGGCCACUGCUCCUGUUUGCCCCCCCCCUUGUAGAGUCGUCUCCCGCCUCCUUUUUCACACAGCAGCCUCGCAGUGUCUCUUGCACUACUUAGGGAGUGCAACGACAUCUGGCCCUUGUUCCUACGGAGGAGAGGCACGUGUAAUGUGUAUGAACAUUCUGGCCAAUGUAGGUUUUAUAAUCAGAUGGCAGAGUAGAUGGGAACAGCGGCUUUAAGCCUCAUGUGUGAAAGCGCCAUCUUCGAUCUGUCCAUCCGAAGCCUCUCGUAGUGUGAAGACUGAGAUCGGAAGUGUUGGCAAGCCACACAAAUCCCUCUUUUCAGUGUUCAGUGUCAAGGUUGCAGCUGAGUCCUGAAACCCGUUUUUGCAGUCCUAAUUGAACUCUGAAAUAUGUGGAGUAAUAAUAGAGAGGAUGAUUCUUCUGAGAAUGUAGAAGUGCACUUCUCUCCGCAAGGAGUGACCACAGCCACCACUCCUGCAUCACGGGAUGAGGACAGAGGGGAUCUUCUACUGCAGGUCCAGCCUUUACAGAGUCACCAACCAUGUUGGAAACUAACAGUCCCUAGGCUGUGGAAUGCUCUUCCUAGGGAUAUAAGAAUGACCCCCUCCCUGCAGUCCUUCCGGUGUCAAGCAAAAUCUUUCCUAUUCCAACAAGCUUUUGGAACUCUUGGCUGCUGUUCUUGUUCUUGACAUAAGAUGGAGGAGAUCCUUGCUAAUCUGUGCGGCUCCAGUCCUGUAAAUCCACUCCCUGUCUGGGUCCACGGCAAUGUUGGGCAUUGUUUUAACCAGCUGAUUUUAAGUGUUAUUCCUCAUGUGGUCCUUGCUGUAAUCAGUGCCUGCUACAUAGGAACACCAAGGUCUUUAGGCUUUCAGAUUCCGUACAGAACUGGGUGGAAAUGCAGGAUUGUUGCAUCCUUUAUCCUUGCUAGUUUGUCUAUUCUUGACAUAAUUCCAGCAGCCAUUUGGCAACAGAAAUUGGACCCCUUAUACCUGGGCAUACUGUCAAGUGGCAUAGGUACAUUGGCAUGGCUUACUCACAGCUUGGCACUGCUCGCUCUUUACAAGUCUCCAUACAGCUUCAGCCGUGGCCCGACAACCCUACUGAUCUUUGCCUUCUUUCCCUUCCCUUCCCUUAUUAUCACCUUGGUGUGGCGUUGCCAGACUGAGAUGGUUGGUCAGCAGCUUCAGCCUGUCACCAUCUUCAGACUUUCUAUUCUGUGCCUGAAGUUGGCCUCUCUGCUUCUCUAUGUAGUUGGAUAUAUCAUUCCUGUGGCCAACAGGCUAGACUUUCUCUCUGUCAAUGAUUCUUGGCAGCAUGAACCUCUGAUCACAGACUCGGGGACUCCUGCACCAACUUGGCAGGGAGUGGCAGAGGAUGGAGAAAGCUGGCUGUCGCGUUUCUCCUAUGCAUGGAUGAAUCCCCUUAUGAAGCGUGGUUACUUGUGGAUGCUGAAUCGGCCACAGGAUGUCUAUCAUCUCCCUCGACAGCUCCAGGCUGACAGAGUCCGUGAGCACUUCUAUUCCUGCUGGCGGAAGAAGGCAGCUGUCAGCCAAGAAGAUAAAGGGACUGCUUCUUCCACAAACGGAUUAUUUGCCAACAGUAGUGUGAGAAGUGAUGAACUCCCAUCUCCAGCAUGUCCUCAUGAUACUCAAAAAUCUGUACAUCUCCUGUCAGUGUUGCAUGCAGCCUUUGGGCUACGAUAUUUCUCCCUGGGCUUGCUCAAGCUGGCUGGCAGUCUGCUGGGAUUCUCUGGGCCCCUGCUUCUGAACCUGCUGGUUAGUUUCAUGGAGUCACACCAAGAACCUCUGAGCCAUGGGAUAAUCUAUGCACUGGGACUCUUUGCUGGUUCCUUACUCGGUGCCAUCUUGCGUAACCAGUUCAGUUACGAGGUAACGAAGAUUAUGCUUAUGGUGCGCACUGCAGUCAUCUCUGCCAUCUAUCAGAAAGCCCUCCGGGUGAAUGGCAGCAGCCUGGCUAGCUUCACCACAGGUGAGAUUGUCAACUUCAUGAGCACCGAUACAGAUCGGUUGGUCAACUUCUGCCUCAGUUUCCAUGAGCUGUGGAGUCUUCCCUUUCAAUUUGCCAUCACUCUCUACCUCCUGUACCAGCAGGUAGGCAUAGCUUUCCUGGGAGGGCUGGCUCUGGCUCUGCUCCUUGUUCCCAUCAAUAAAGUUGUUGCAAAUCGCAUCAUGAAGAACAACAAGGAGAUGCUGAAGCACAAGGAUGAGCGUGUCAAGCUGAUGACUGAGUUCUUAUGUGGUAUGCGAGUGAUCAAGUUCUAUACCUGGGAACAGCAUUUUGGCACUAGAGUGUAUGCUUGCAGAGCCAAGGAGCUGAAGAGUCUCCGAGCAAUCAAAUACCUAGAUGCUGUGUGUGUCUACCUCUGGGCAGCAUUGCCUGUGGUUGUCUCCAUUGUCAUCUUCAUCACUUAUGUUCUGCUAGGACACCAGCUUUCUGCUACCAAAGUAUUUACAGCUUUGGCACUUGUUGGGAUGCUCAUUCUACCUCUCAAUAAUUUUCCCUGGGUGCUGAAUGGGAUCUUGGAAGCCAAAGUAUCUCUGGAUCGAAUCCAACACUUCCUCGAGCUCGCAGACCAAAAUCUGGAUGCUUACUACUGCAGAGCUGGCUCUUCUGACCCAUCAUCUGCACUGGAAAUGCACCAUACCACCUUUUCAUGGUCACCAGCAAGCAAAGAGAGCACUGAAUCCCACAUACCUAGAGGAAGUUUGCAGCUCUUUAUUCAAAAUCUGGUGGUGGCAAAGGGCACACUGAUUGGGGUCGUUGGGAAGGUUGGAUGUGGAAAGAGCUCUUUGCUUGCAGCUAUCACCGGAGAGCUCAGUAGUCGAGGCAAGCAGGUUUACAUUUGGGAUCUGGAGAAAGGAUUUGGCUUGGCCACACAAGAGCCCUGGAUCCAGUUUACCAGCAUCCGUGAAAACAUCCUCUUUGGGAAGGAAUAUGAUGCCAGAUUUUACCAGGAAGUAAUUGAGGCCUGUGCUCUCUCUGAUGACUUGAAUAUUUUGCCAGCAGGUGAUCAGACAGAAGUGGGCGAGAAUGGAGUUGCCCUCAGCGGGGGACAGAAAGCUCGUGUUGCACUUGCAAGAGCUGUUUACCAGGAGAAGGACCUGUAUCUUCUUGAUGACCCUCUGGCAGCUGUUGAUGCAGAUGUAGCCAAUCACCUUAUGCAGAAGUGCAUUCUGGGAAUUCUGAAACAUAAGACCAGAAUUCUUUGCACCCACAGAACUGAGUUUUUGGAAAAGGCAGACAUCUUAUUGCUGAUGGACAACGGCAGAAUACUCAAGACAGGAAUGCCAAGAGAGAUCCUGCCACUAGUGCAAACUGCCCCUAAACUUAGGGAGAUGUACAAGAGAAGGAAGAAUAAAAUACCCUCUGAAUGUAGCCAAGAAGAGGAUGUGGAGCCUGAGGAAGAAGAAACAAACCAAGCAAAUUGUCUUCUCAAGCAGGAGGAAGAGAAGAAAGAAGGGGCCGUGGCUUUCCAGGUCUACCAAGCAUAUUGGUUGGCCGUUGGCAGCUGCCUAGCAUUGUCCAUCCUUCUCUCUCUGCUGCUCAUGCAAGCUUCUAGGAAUGUCUCUGAUUGGUGGCUGUCAAACUGGAUCUCUAGCCUACCCCAUCCAGAAGAAACCUCUGUCAGCAACCUGUCAGUUUUGCCUUCCUCACAGCUGCUGCUCUUCUCCCCUGGGGGACUCAUUUCCCCAGUGUUUGCUUCCAUCCCUUCAAAUGGCACUUUGGAUGUGAAUUUUUACCUGACUGUAUAUGGCUGCAUUGCUGGGGCAAAUUCCGUCUUCACCAUCCUGCGUGCUUUCCUUUUUGCCUAUGGCACCAUCCACGCUGCUAUUGUCAUUCACAAUAGGUUGCUGAAAAGGGUGAUGAAGGCCACAGUGACUUUCUUCGACAGCACGCCAGCUGGCCGAAUCCUUAAUCGCUUCUCCUCGGACCUGUACUGCGUGGAUGAUAGCCUGCCAUUCCUUCUCAAUAUCUUCCUGGCCAAUAUAUUUGGUCUGCUGGGCAUGGUGGUGAUGAUCACCUAUGGUUUGCCUUGGAUUGGCCUUGUCCUGCUGCCCUUGGCGGCCAUCUACUACUCAAUUCAACGCUAUUACCGGCGCACCUCCCGGGAACUUAAACGCCUCUACAGUCUCACGUUGUCUCCCAUCUACACCCACUUCUCAGAGACCUUGACAGGCCUCAGCACGAUCCGGGCAACCAGAGCCACAGGCAGGUUUGAGACAGAGAACCAGCUGCGAUUGGAACUGAAUCAGCGCUGCCGUUUUACCAGCAACACCGCAAUGCAGUGGCUGGACAUCCGGCUGCAGAUGAUUGGAGUUGCUGUAGUUACUGCUAUUGCAGGAAUCGCCAUCAUCCAACACCAGAAGAAACUGGGAAACCCAGGUCUCGUGGGCCUGGCCCUUUCCUAUGCACUUUCAGUCACAAAUUUGCUGUCUGGACUCAUCACUAGCUUCACCCAGACAGAGACCAUGAUGGUGAGUGUGGAAAGGACAGAGGAAUAUGCAACAGAGAUUCCCAUAGAGCCUCAGGAGGAGCGGCUGCAGGUUGCACCUGAUUGGCCAAGUCAGGGUCACAUAGAGUUCCAGCAAGUGGUAUUGGCCUAUCGGCCUGAGCUACCAAAUGCUCUUGAUGGGGUGACUUUCACAAUUUACCCUGGGGAGAAAGUAGGAAUAGUCGGGCGGACUGGAUCUGGCAAAUCCACUCUCUUUUUGGCCCUUUUCCGUAUGGUGGAGCUGAGAGCUGGUCAAAUCCUCCUGGACAAUAUCGACAGCCAUUCCAUAGGCUUGAAAGCCCUGAGGUCUAGGUUGGCCAUAAUCCCCCAGGACCCCUUUUUGUUCAGUGGGACAAUCCGUGAGAACCUGGACCCUCUGGGGCAGCACACGGAUGCUGACUUACUGCAAGUCUUGGAGCAAUGCCAUCUGCAGACAGUGAUUACAGAGAUGGGUGGGCUGGAUUGUGAGCUAGGGGAGAGAGGAAAGAGUCUCUCUGUAGGACAGAGGCAGCUGGUUUGUUUAGCAAGGGCUCUCCUGACCCAGGCGAAGGUUCUGUGCAUUGAUGAAGCCACAGCAAGUGUGGAUCAGAAGACAGACAGAUUACUCCAGCAGACCAUCCGUCAGCGAUUUGCAAACAAAACUGUACUGACGAUAGCUCACAGGUUAAACACUAUCCUGGACUCGGACCGAGUGCUGGUGAUGCACGCUGGGAAGGUGGCAGAAUUUGAUUCCCCUGCCGUUCUCAGCCAGAAGCCAGACUCCUUGUUUCAGCACCUCCUGCAGAGCGGGCAGCAGUGACUUCCCUGCAGAGACACCAACAUUUGACAUUUAGUACCUCAUGAUGGGGAGCCUUUCCCUCUGCAAUGGGGGGCCCCUUCCUUGACAGCUUAGUGAAACAUGCACUCCAUACCUUGCUGGGAGCAGAGUGGGCAAUAGAACAUUCUCUAUCCAGGACUGCUGAGGGUGACAGCAGGAGACUCAUGCCGCAUCUCAGCACUCGGAAAGAGCCCUGUGUGAAACCCCGGAAGGCUAGUUGCCAGUCCCAUGUAGCCAAUACUGAGCCGGACGGACAGUUCUGACUCUGUAUAAGGCAACUUCCUAGGAGAGCCGAGCAGUUUACGCUGUGUCCUCCUUUCCCUGUCCUGACUUUAUUCAAGAUGUCCCCACCUUAUUCCAAGUGGCAUAACCUACCUUUGUCAUAGAACUUGCUCAUCCAGCCACUUUGGCAAUUGAAUUGCAAGGGCUGGUGGCAUGACCCAUGGAGACAGCCUCACAUCCUCACACAUUUGCAGUAUUUCCCUUCCCAGCCUGAGUCACACCUACAAAAAGGAUACAGGAAGGUCAGAACAAGAAAGCACCACCACAACCACAUGCAUAAAAAAUAGGGGGGGAAUGAAAUGUGCGGUACCACGGGGAUUAGCUUUGCAUUAAAUAGUCAUGGUCUCAAUUGCUUGUGAUGGUGGGGACCUACAGUCUGUUCAGUUUCCCUUGCAUUGUGUGGACAAGGAUCUCAAACGAGACCACUAGGAGAAUUCUUGCAGGAAUUAAUAGGCGGGUAAGAAGGGUCUAAGUGGGCAGAGCCAAAAGGAACUUUGGAGAGGAGGCAGAAUUAGUGGUGAGGCUUUUGAGCAUCAAUCAGCUAGGAGUGUCUAUUGCUUGGGGAUGGUGAGAUAAGUAUCUUCAUUGAAUAGACGUGUUGAUGGAAGCACAGCAGGGGUGGGGGGGAACACAGUGAAGUGCAGCUCUGACACUUUUAUAAUGAUAUAAUUUUGAAUGAACUUUUUCAAAUUUAGUACAAAUAAACAAUAUUCAAAUCUUG